UGUUAUAGCCAGCUGCUCGUUUGUCAUUUACCUCUCUUUCUAACCCAUUUCACGAUGGCUCCUCCGACCACUAAUCCAAAAAUAUUUGCACAAGACCUUCCAACUCCAGAGCCAGAAACUCCUUGCAGGCCUCGCCAACCUUACCGUUUUUCGACCCUCUGCGCUACAGUAGAGAAUCCUUCUCAGAAGGAUCAGUAUGGUUCCAGCUCUGUACCAAUAUACCAAACAGCCACUUUUAAAGGUGUCGAUGGACAGUAUGAUUACACUCGCAGUGGAAACCCAACACGCAGUCAUCUAGAACAUCAUCUUGCCAAGAUAUCAUCUGCUGCUCAUGCUUUUACCGUGUCUUCUGGCAUGGCCGCCCUCGAUACCAUCUUACGUAUCCUCAAACCUGGAGAUGAAGUUAUCGCAGGAGAUGACCUGUACGGCGGUACUAAUCGCAUCCUUGCCUAUCUCAAGACACACGGCGGCGUCAUCGUACAUCAUGUAGACACCACCAAACCUGACACUGUCCUUCCUUACAUCAAUUCUGAAAAGACCGCUAUGGUUCUCCUAGAGAGUCCAACUAACCCUCUUCUCAAAAUAGUUGACCUUGCCCGCAUAGCCGCCGACAUUAAGGAACGCGCCCCCAAUGCCGUCAUCGUGGUCGACAACACCAUGAUGAGUCCCUACUUGCAACGCCCUCUCGAGCAUGGCGCAGAUAUUGUUUACGAUAGCGCCACCAAAUAUCUCAGUGGGCAUCACGACCUUAUGGCCGGUGUAAUUACCUGCAACAGGGAUGACCUUGCCAAGCAAAUGGCAUUCGUCAUCAAUGCUGCCGGCAAUGCACUCACUCCAUUCGACUGUUUCCUCCUUUUACGAGGAUCGAAAACCCUUGCCAUCCGGAUGGAUCGCCAGCAGACUACUGCCAUGCUCGUCGCUCAGAUGCUCGACCGCCUUGGUUUCAAAGUCCACUAUCCUGGUCUCACAAACCACCCUAACCGUGAUGUACACGAGCGAAUUGCAGAUGGAUAUGGUGCCGUCCUCAGUUUCACUACUGGCGACAAGGCUCUGAGUGAACGCAUCGUCGGCGCGACACGCCUGUGGGGGAUUAGCGUCAGCUUUGGUUGUGUCAAUUCGCUAAUCAGCAUGCCAUGCAUCAUGUCACACGCGUCCAUUGACCCUGCUACGCGCGCUGCGCGUGGCCUGCCAGAGGACCUGAUCCGACUUUGCGUUGGUAUUGAAGACCCAGCUGACCUUCUCGACGACCUCGAACGUGCUCUUCUGGAGGCUGGUGCAAUCACCCUCACCGCAGGUGGGGACUCACACCAACAAUUUGUUCGGACGAUCCCUUCAGAGGGCACUGCGAUCUCCCGGGCCGUCCAGAAACUCGCAUUCAAUGAUUCUACGGGAUACACGACAGAGCGCAACGAGGAUAGAGAAUGGUUCGUCAGUGCACCUGGCAAAGUCAUUCUUUUCGGUGAACAUGCCGUUGUGCACGGUGUCACCGCGGUGGCUGCAAGCGUAGAUCUCCGGUGCUAUGGUGUUACGACACCUCGCCAUGAUGGCAAAGUCAGCGUACACUUCAUUGAUAUCGACAACUUCACACAAGAAUGGGAAGUGGAUGAUCUCCCUUGGGAUGCAGUCACUCCUGUGCGAGUCGGUGAUGUCCACCCCGACUCUCUGGACCACAAGCUCGUUGAUGCGAUUACUACUCGUGCACUGUCACCCGAAGUUCUUGCAAUCCCAAGUGCACGGCAGGCGUGUAUUGCGUUCUUGUACAUGUACAUGAUCAUGGCACAUGGCGGAAAUAGACCAUCCUUCAACUUCUCGGCUCGCGCCACGCUUCCUGUGGGCGCAGGCCUCGGUUCCUCCGCAUCAUUCUCCGCCUGCGCAGCCACCGCUCUCUUACUUUUGUACUCACGCAUCCAGCUCCCAGCACAGCCCGCCCCGACUACUGUCGGUCACGUCCACGUCUCUCAUGAGGGUCGGCGCGCACUACCGCCACCACUUGCUGAGGAGGUCAACCGAUGGGCAUUUGUGAGCGAGAAAAUCUUGCACGGCAACCCCAGUGGCGUGGAUAACUCUGUUGCGGUGUUCGGUGGCGCACUUUCGUAUACCAGAGCAGGAUUCGGUAGAAAAUCAGGCAUGAUCCCGAUUCAGGGUUUCAAGUCUCUCAAAUUCCUCCUGACGGACUCGAGGGUGCCCAGGAACACGAAGCAGCUUGUGGCUGGUGUGUCUGCCUUGAAGGAGCAAGAGCCUGAGUUUGUCGACGGGCUGCUCAAUGCGAUACAGAGCAUAAGUGACGAGGCGCAGCGUGCGCUUGCUGAUCCCAACUUAUCACGGCAAACACUGUUGUCAGCUUUGUCGGCUCUCAUCGAUGAGAACCACGGCCACCUCGUAAAGCUUGGGGUAUCACAUCCAUCUCUUGAAGUCAUCCGUUCCAAGACCGCGUCUCCUCCAUAUGCACUCAGCACAAAACUCACUGGUGCCGGAGGUGGAGGUUGCGCGGUAACGCUCGUCCCUGAUAACCUCUCGGAAUCCAAUCUUCGUGAACUUAUGGCAGCACUGUCUACGGAAAGCUUCGUGCCCUACCUAACGUCAGUCGGCGGAAGCGGUCUCGGUAUCCUCUCGCCAUACAACCAGCCUCAACGGCUGGUGACGCCGCCUGAAACGCCUCGCGAAGGCGAGGCCGGUGCUGGGCCUGUCGAACUGUUGCGCGAUACCUUUGCUGGCAAGGCGACGUCGGAUCUUUCAGCGUGGGCAGACAGUCUAGGACGAUGGCUCUUUGUUUGAAAGUGAAUCAAGGUGCAAUGUGUUUGCAUAGAUCUAUGUUGUUGAUUUAUGGAGUACAAUGAGUGUACGUAUAGAAUGUUCUUGUAUGAUCUAUGCUGUGGCGAUGGUCCAGAUAACAUAAACGUGUAAAGAGUCAACUGAGCUUGAUGGGGUACGCAAGAAAUGCGCGCGUUCUGAGAUGUGCCGAAGUAGAUUCUUUGAGAUAGGAACUGCCCAUCAAACGAGUUUCGAUGGCUAACCA